AUGGGAUUUUUCAAACGCGAACGUAUGUUGGGAGAAUGUUCUUGGAACAGCAACCUGAUUACAAACGAUGUUGACUGCAUCGGAUCUGAGCGUGCUAUCGAGUUGAUUGUCGCCGAUUAUGCAAUGCGUGAGCAUGUGCAGCGCGAAGAAACAAAGAACCAUAGGGCUAUAGCCUCUCGAAAGGCGGCAACUAUUGACUGCGAUCAGUCUUGGCUUCGAGAAGAGGACGAAACGCUUGAGCAGGAGAAAAAGCAAUUUCGUGAAACAGAGCGAGCUCUAUAUCGAGCUCUUUGCCUACUAGGACGAGGCAACCAGCAAAAGUAUCACGACUUGAGAAGCAAUCCUACCUGGUACAUGAACGAAGGCUUGGUUCAGGACUGCUCGGAGCAAGGGGGGUGCUGUAGCCGGCAAUGUGGUUGUUGUGCCAAAAGGCAUCUUACUGGACUCAAGAAGGGUGUGGGACACUGCACUCCCGAGUGCUGGUGUUGUACUAGCUUUCGCGGCUCUGAUCUUUCAGAGAAUGAGAAAAAGGAGAUCAGAGAUGAUAUGGAGGCCAAACUUCGCUGGCGGACCGAGAAUUAUCGGAGUCUUUCGCCGUAUCUUCUGACCAUGGCGACUUGGUUUUUGUUCCCUCCAAAGGCCAAGAAAAAGGCCAAGAGGAUCUGUUAG